AUGUUUUACGAACCUGGGAAGACUGAUCAUGGGCUUCCACAUGACCCCUUCAAGGCAUGCGUAAUCCCACGCCCCAUAGGCUGGAUAUCCACUCUCUCCCCCUCAGGCACCGCAAACCUCGCCCCCUACUCCCAAUUCAACAACCUCACUUUUGACCCGCCUUACGUCAUGUUCAGCGCCAAUCAAACGCCCUCCGCAAGCCAAAAAGACACAGUCGUCAAUGUCGAAUCAACAGGCGUCUUCUGCUGGAACCUCGCCACCUAUGCGCUGAAAGAUGCGGUAAAUGCUACGUCUGAGCAGACACCUCCCGAGAUUGAUGAAUUUGAGAAAGCGGGACUGGAGAAGGAAGAUGCGUCGCUCAACUCUGUGUUGGUUAGAGGCAAGGAAACGAAGGUCCCGAUGGUAAAGGCGAGUCCGAUUAAGUUCGAGUGCACGCACUACACCACGCUCCGCUUACCUGGUAAUCCGCCCAUGGGUGCGGUAGACGUUGUGAUAGGAAGGGUGAUUGGGAUUCACAUUGAUGAGGGGGUUUUGACGAAUGGGAAGAUCGAUGUCAGUAAGACGGUGCCGAUUGCGCGGUGCGGGUACUUUGAGUAUGCCGCUGUGAGAGAGGUUUUCGAGAUGAAGAUUCCGGGGGACGAUCCGAAUCGGCAUGCGGGGUUGGAGGGGAGUAUCAAAGGAAAUAGUGAAAUUCAGAAGAGGAGGGUGGAGAAGGAGGAAAAGAAGGAGUAG